AUGGCCGAGGGCCAGAAACGAGGGGGCUUCAAGAAGUUCAAGUUUUUCAAGUUCAAAGGCUUUGGGAGCCUGAGCAGCAUCCCCCGUGCCUUCACCCUCCGGCGUGUGUCUGUGGCCCCCAGCUCCCCUGAGACCCUGGGGCCAGGCCUCCCCCCUCCCCAUGGCUUCCUGGAAGAGCCCUUUGACAGCACCCAGGAUGAUCUCCACACCAUGCCCAAGGGCCCCGGCCCCUACGCCCGCUCCUCGGACAUGUACAGCCACAUGGGCACCAUGCCCAGGCUGAACCUGGGCAAGGCAGGAAAGAACCUGAACAAAGCCAAGAGCAGCCAGAACUGCCAGGAGAAAGGGACACCCAGCAAUGAAACCCCCGGGACAGACACACUCCUCAGCCCUGAGAUGUCCAGUACCCCUGACCCAGGCACGGACUUACCCUCAGCCACUGGACAAGCAGAGCAGGAGGAGGAAAAGGCUCAGUCCCUGGACACCCCAGGGGCAGGGAUGGCCAGGAUGGACCAGGAUCCUGCAGGGAAUGGCUCCUGCCCCAGGAUGGAGGCACUGAGCUCCAGCCUGAACCCAAACCCCAGCCAAAGCUCAAGCCCCAACACAGCAGAGGGGGCAGAGACCACCAACCGGGAUCUGCCGGAAAAGAGGCACGAGCAUCCCAGCGAGAGCUCCUCGGACAGCCCCCACGAUGGCCUGGAGUCUGGCAGCGAGUACGUGAAGUUCUCCAAGGAGAAAUACAUCCUUGACUCAUCGCCAGAGAAGCUUCACAAGGAGCUGGAAGAGGAGCUGAAGCUGAGCAGCACUGACCUGCGCAGCCACGCUUGGUACCACGGCCGCAUCCCCCGGGAGGUGUCUGAGAGCCUGGUGCAGAGGAACGGGGACUUCCUGAUCCGCGACUCGCUGACCAGCCUGGGCGACUACGUGCUGACCUGCCGCUGGCGCAACGAGCCCCUGCACUUCAAGAUCAACAAGGUGACGGUCAAGUCCAGCGAGGGCCACACCCGCGUCCAGUACCUCUUCGAGCAGGAGAGCUUUGACAACGUCCCUGCCCUCGUCCGCUUCUACGUGGGCAACCGCAGGGCCAUCUCCGAGCAGAGCGGGGCCGUCGUCUACUGCCCCAUCAACCGCACCUUCCCCCUGCGCUACCUGGAGGCCAGUUAUGGGCUGGGCAAUGGCAAGCACGGGGGUCCCCACAGCCCCACCGCCCAGAAAGGGGGGCACAUCAAGAGGAGGAGCAUCACCAUGACGGAUGGGCUCACAGCAGACAAGAUCACCAGGGCCGAGGGCUGCCCCACCAGCGUGUCCCUGCCCCACCACAGGGACAUCAUCCGCAACUGUGCCGUCAGCGUGGACCAGAUCCAAGACCUGCACUCCCCCAUGUCCCCCAUCUCUGAGAACCCAACGUCACCUGCCUACAGCACAGUGACGCGGCUAAAGCCACACGCCUGCCAAGUGGCCACGGCUGCCCCGGCCUCACUGGUCAUCAGGAGGUCCAGCGAGCCCCAGCUGAACAACAGCAAAGCUCUGCCAGACCCUGCCCACAGCACCCACUCCACCCCCUGCCACGGGUACGCCCGGGCCUCUCCCUCUCCCUCCGUGAACAGCUACAGCGACCCCGAUACCGGGCACUACUGCCAGCUCCACCCCACCUCACCCGCCAGCAGAGACCGGCCAGCUCAUGACACCAAACAGCUGCCAACAAAGAGCUACGUGGAGAGGCUAAAGGUGGAGGAAGGACAAAGAGGGACUGUGGAUAAUGGCUCCGGGGAAGCAGAGGCAGGGCAAAGGCUGAAAGGAGAGCUGGACUUCAUGGGCUUUGUGCCCCCCACCAUGGAGACAACCUCCUCCUUCAACCCCGCCGCCUUCCAGUCCCUGCUUAUUCCCUUGGAGAACAAGCCCCUGGAGAUGGCCGUGCUCAAGAAGGUCAAAGAGCUGCUGGCAGAGGUGGAUGUGAAGACUCUGGCCAAACACAUCACCAAAGUGGACUGCCUGGUACGGCGAGCCCUGGGAGCAUCCCCAGCCCCCCUUGCUGACCCCCUCCUGCCUCUCCCCCCUCCCAGGUUCCACACCAUGUCCAUCAUGAUCGCCGUGGACAUCCUGGGCUGCACGGGCAGCACGGAGGAGCGGGCAGCCCUGCUCCACAAAACCAUCCAGCUGGCUGCAGAGCUGAAGAGCACCAUGGGGAACAUGUUCAGUUUUGCUGCGGUGAUGAAUGCCCUGGAAAUGACACAGAUCUCCCGGCUGGAGCAGACCUGGACGGUGCUGCGGCAGCGGCACACGGAGGGAGCCAUCCUCUAUGAGAAGAAGCUCAAGCCCUUCCUGAAGAGCCUGAACGAAGGGAAAGAAGGGCCACCGCUCACCAACACCACCUUCCCCCACAUCAUGCCCCUUGUGACUCUGCUGGAGAGGGACGAGGCUCUCCCGGACAGCCCCGAGCCCUGGGAGAGCUCUGACAACGGCGUGGAGGUGGUCAUGGCCCACCUGGAGGCAGCACGGAUGGUCGCCCACCAUGGCGGGCUCUACCACACCAACGCGGAGGUGAAGCUGCAGGGUUUCCAGGGCCGGGCGGAGCUGCUGGAGAUCUUCAAGCUGCUGUGGGGCAGCCGCGGGGCCGAGAGCAGCCAGGCCGAGCGCUACCAGAAGUUUGACAAGGUCCUCACUGCCCUGUCCCACAAGCUGGAGCCAGCAGUGCGCUUCAGCGAGCUGUAA